UUGACAUUUAAGAUCGUUUCCUAUUCGACUGCUGUCUGAGAUUAUUUUGAAAGUGACAUCCGGUAGCGGAGCUGUUUGUGUGUGACGCAGUGUGAUGCGCUGAUGAUGCUGAGGAGAGAGCAUCCUCCGCUGCAGGCUGCAGGCUGCAGGCAGGCCGAGUGUUCGCUGCCGUGAUGGCAGAAAGAGGAGUUUAAUGAACAUCAUCACAUGUUUUAUCACCGUGAGUUCAGGCUGCUCGCGCUGAUCUCCAGCUGCAGGCCGCCGGUGACACCCUGAGCGCAGCGAUGGUGGAUUUGUCCGAGUGCGGUGCAGUGUCGCCCGGACACAACAGACACGGACAGGGCUCCGGUAACAACGGGAAGAAAACGUCGAAAAAGUCACGAACGAGAAGAGGCAAACGAGGGAGGAGAAGAAGGAAUAAAAAGAACAACAGGAACAACAAAACACCACCGCCGUAUUUCCCUCCGGAGGCUGAAGAAGGAAACAUUGAGUAUAAGCUGAAGCUGGUUAAUCCCACUCAGUACCGCUUCGAGCAUCUGGCCACGCAGCUGAAGUGGCGUCUGCAGGAGGGCCGCGGCGAGGCCGUCUACCAGAUCGGAGUGGAGGACAACGGCCUGCUGGUCGGCCUGACCGAGGCCGACAUGAAGGCUUCGCUGAAGACUCUGAAGAGGAUGGCAGAGAAAGUCGGUGCCGACAUCACCCUCCUCAGAGAGCGCGAGGUCGACUACGACUUGGACAGAAACACCCGCAAAAUCGCUGAAGUCCUGGUCCGGAAAGUUCCCGACGAUCAGCAGUUCCUGGACCUGCGGGUGGCGGUUCUGGGGAACGUGGACUCGGGGAAGUCAACGCUGCUGGGCGUCCUGACGCAGGGCGAACUGGACAACGGCCGAGGCCGAGCGCGACUCAACCUCUUCAGACAUCUGCACGAGAUCCAGACGGGACGCACGUCCAGCAUCAGCUUUGAGAUCCUGGGCUUCAACAGCAAAGGAGAGGUCGUGAACUACAGCGAGUCUCGGACAGCCGAGGAGAUCUGUGAGAGCUCCUCCAAGAUGAUCACCUUCAUCGAUCUGGCCGGACACCACAAGUACCUGAAGACCACCAUCUUCGGCCUCACCAGCUACUGCCCCGACUUCGCCAUGCUGGUGGUGAGCGCCAACACGGGCAUCGCCGGUACGACCCGGGAGCACCUGGGCCUGGCCAUGGCGCUCAAAGUUCCCAUCUUCAUCGUGGUCAGUAAAGUGGACCUGUGCUCUCGCGGCACCGUGGAGCGAACGGUCCGGCAGCUGGAGCGAGUCCUGAAGCAACCGGGCUGCAACAAGGUUCCCAUGGUGGUGUUGAACCCUGACGACGCCGUGACGGCUGCACAGCAGUUCACCCAGUCGGCAUGUAUCACACCCAUCUUCACCCUGUCCAGUGUGUCUGGAGAGAGUCUGGACCUCCUCAAGGUGUUCCUGAACAUCCUCCCUCCACUGAGCAACAGCAAGGAGCAGGAGGAGCUGAUGCAGCAGCUCACUGAGUUCCAGGUGGAUGAGAUCUACUCUGUUCCUGAUGUGGGGACGGUGGUUGGAGGAACUCUGUACAGCGGAGUGUGUCGGGAGGGCGAGCGGCUGGUGGUCGGGCCGACUGACGAGGGCCGGUUCCUGCGUCUGAAGGUGGGCAGCAUCCAGAGGAACCGCUCGGCCUGCAGGGUGCUGAGGGCCGGACAGGCCGCCACGCUGGCUCUGGGAAGCUUCGACCGCUCGCUGCUGCGCAAGGUCAGAGGUCACAUGACCCACAGAGUCCGCAGUUUUUACUCCAUCCAGGGUAUGGUGAUGGUCAGCCCCAAGAUGAACCCGACAAUCUGCUGUCAGUUUGAAGCCGCCAUCGUCCUGCUCUUCCACGCCAAGACCUUCCGCCGGGGCUCACAGGUCACCGUGCACGUCGGCAACGUCCGGCAGACGGCCACCGUGGAGUGUCUUCACGGGAAGGACGAGCUGCGUACAGGUGAGAGAGCCGUGGUCCGCUUCCGCUUCAUCAAACACCCGGAGUACCUGCGACUGGGAGCCAAGCUGCUCUUCAGGGAGGGCGUCACCAAAGGCAUUGGCCACGUCACCCGCCUGCUGCCCCCCUCCCAGAACCACGACCAGAACCAGAGCCACGACCAGAACCUGCAGGAGCUUUAAAGACCGCCGUCUUAAGAGGGUCGACAGAUGUUGAGCUCCGUGAGAACUUUGACUGGUCAGACGUCAUCUGAUCGGGUUUAAUGUCCCGCCACAUGCCGGCGUAUUAAUCCUCCUGUCAUGAAUCUAAACUUCUGACCUCAUUCGCCCCCGUUGUGAUGUCAGAGACUCCCUCAUCAUCAUCAUCAACAUCAUCAGCUUCAUCUUCCUGCCAGCAGACAUUCGUGUGUUGAGUUAAAGCUGGCUGACCUCAGUGGACUUAAGCCUGGACGGUUAAUCUGAUGCCGUGCCACAGUUUGAUCAUUUAAGACGCUCGUUUUCCUCACGAGAAGACAGCGGGAUUGUUUUGAGGGAUUUGAGGAACGGUGGUGUGCGUUCAGACGAGCAGAGGAGGAAGGUCGACCUCUCCAGAGCACAGCAGCUUCUCUACACACUCAGACUUAACGUGAUGCGCGAGGAGGGGGAUUAUUUCCACAAGGAGCUGCAGUUUCUGAGGUGGAUCAGAACAUUUAGGACCAGAACGCUGAGUCUGCAUGUUUCAGCUCAUAAACUUAAAACAUGUUGUGGUUUCUGUGGAGCACGGUGGCUGUUGAGGGUCAGUUCUUGACAGGAUGUCCCCUCACGUACAAAUACUCCUCAGUGUAAAUUGGCUUCUAUGGCUCGCUAGCACGUUACCCAGCUUACUUAGCAUGUUAGCUCGGCAGCUGCAGGGCAGCUCAUAAAGAUGUGACGAAUUCUGCUGUCACAAGUUUUUUAAAGACGAUUCUCGACACCUCCGGAGCUCCACAAGAAUUUGGACUGAUUCGAUUGGACAGAAUUAUAUUGUUUCAGUUUUUACAUUGCAGAUUAAAAACACAGCAGCUCGUUUCUGUUUUA